AUGUAUGUACAUUUCAAAGCCAUUGAAUGGCAUUUUUGGAGAAGGCUGUGAAAUAAGGGAGCUUUGGAAGAAGAGAACUUCCCCCCCCCCCCCCUUUCUGGAUAUAAUGGCAAUUGCAAAGCAAAGAGUCUUGAGAUUCGGCUUCAGAUUUCUCUUCUUCGCAACGUUUGUAUUAGCCUGUGAUGGACAAGGUGGAAAUAAAGAGAACGGAGGUCCUGCUUGUUAUGGAGGAUUUGAUUUGUACUUCAUUUUAGACAAAUCAGGAAGCGUCCUGCACCACUGGAAUGAAAUCUAUUUUUUCGUAGAACAUCUUGCCCACAAGUUCAUAAGUCCCCAGCUGAGGAUGUCAUUCAUUGUUUUCUCAACUAGAGGCUCAACUCUAAUGAGGUUAACUGAAGACAGGGAUCAGAUACGUCAAGGCCUAGAAGAGCUGCAGAAAGUUCUGCCGGGAGGCGACACUUACAUGCACGAAGGAUUUGAAAGGGCAAGUGAACAGAUUUACUAUGAAAAUGUGCAAGGCUACAGAACUGCUAGUGUCAUCAUUGCACUGACGGAUGGCGAACUCCACGAAGACCUCUUCUUUUACGCUGAGCGUGAGGCUAAUCGAUCUCGUGACCUGGGAGCCACAGUGUACUGUGUUGGGGUGAAAGAUUUCAAUGAAACACAGUUGGCUCGAAUCGCUGACAGCAAGGAUCAUGUCUUCCCAGUGAAUGACGGCUUUGAAGCCCUGCAGGGGAUCAUAGAUUCUAUUUUGAAGAAAUCAUGUAUAGAGAUUCUUGCAGCGGAGCCUUCCAGUAUAUGUGCAGGAGAGUCGUUCCAAGUCGUGGUGAGAGGGAAUGGUUUCCGACACACCCGGAAUGUCGAUCGAGUGCUCUGCAGCUUCAGGAUCAAUGAAACGGUUACUGUCAAUGAGAAACCUUUCGUGGUAGAAGAUACCUAUUUGCUCUGCCCAGCACCUGUAUUACGAGAAGUUGGCAUGGAGGCAGCUCUUCAGGUCAGCAUGAAUGACGGCCUCAGUUUCAUCUCAAGCUCUGUCAUCAUCUCCAGCACACACUGUUCUGAUGGGACCAUCCUGGCCAUCGCCUUGUUGAUCCUCUUUCUUCUCCUGAUGCUGGCUCUGCUCUGGUGGUUCUGGCCUCUCUGCUGCACAGUGAUUAUCAAAGAGCCCCCUCCACCCCCUGAAGAGGACAGUGAGGAAGAAGAUGACGAUGGCCUUCCUAAGAAGAAGUGGCCAACAGUCGAUGCUUCUUACUAUGGUGGGCGAGGUGUUGGUGGCAUUAAAAGGAUGGAGGUCCGCUGGGGAGAAAAGGGGUCCACAGAAGAAGGGGCUAAACUAGAGAAAGCCAAGAAUGCUAGAGUGAAGAUGCCAGAGCAAGAAUAUGAAUUCCCCGAACCCAGGAACCUGGGGAAUAGCAUGCGCAGGUCCUCUUCUCCCCGGAGGUGGUACACGCCAAUCAAGGGCAAGUUGGAUGCUCUCUGGGUCCUGUUGCGGAAAGGCUAUGAUCGUGUGUCUGUGAUGCGCCCACAGCCUGGAGACCAGGGCCGCUGUAUCAAUUUCACCCGAGUGAAGAAUGCUGAGGCACCGCCGAAAUACCCACUCAACCACGCACACCCACCCUCCUCUCCGCCCCCUGCCCCGAUCUACAACCCUCCACCCCCUGCUCCGAUCUAUACCCCACCUCCUCCCAGUUCCCCCACUCCUCCCACCCCAUCCCCAUCGUCCACUCUCCCUCCACUGCCCCCGCCUCCCCAGGCCCCGGCCCCCAACCGAGCCCCUCCUCCCUCCAGGCCCCCCCCUCGCCCUUCCGUCUAG